AUGGAUGAAGCAAACCAGACAACAGUUAAGGAGUAUAUUUUGCUUGGGUUAUCUGAGCACCACAACCUGGAGAUGGUCCUGUUUGUGCUUUGCCUGGGUGUCUACUCUGUGAAUGUGCUGGGGAACUCCCUCCUCAUAGGACUGAACAUGCUGGAUCCCCAUCUGCACAGCCCUAUGUACUUCUUCCUCAGCAACCUCUCUGUCAUGGACAUCCUUGGCACAUCCUCCUUUGUGCCAUUCAUGUUGGUCAACUUCCUAGAAGUCCAGAGGACCAUCUCCUUUCCAGGCUGUGCUCUACAGAUGUACCUGACACUGGCAUUGGGAACCACAGAGUGCCUGCUCCUGGCCGUCAUGGCCUAUGACCGUUACGUGGCUAUUUGCCAGCCACUAAGGUAUUCAGAGCUCAUGAGUCGGCCAACAUGUGUGCAAAUGGCAGUGAUGAGUUGGGGAACAGGCUUCAGUAAUUCACUGCUUCAGUCCAUUCUGGCCUGGCGCCUCCCCUUCUGUGGCCACAAUGUCAUCAACCAUUUCUUCUGUGAAAUCUUGGCAGUGGUGAAACUGGCCUGUGGGGACAUAUCCCUCAGUGCAUUCACCUUAAUGGUGGCCACAGUUUUCCUGACACUGACUCCACUCCUGUUCAUCUUCCUGUCCUACAUUUUCAUCCUUGCUGCCAUCCUUAGAGUACCUUCUGCUGCAGGCCGCCGCAAAGCUUUCUCCACUUGCUCAGCCCACUUGACAGUAGUGGUGAUUUUCUAUGGCACCAUCUCCUUCAUGUACUUUAAGCCCAAUGCCAAGGACCCUGACUUGGAUAAGAUUAUUACAUUGUUCUAUGGGAUUGUGACCCCCUCACUGAAUCCUAUCAUCUACAGUCUAAGGAAUUCAGAGGUGAAAGCUGCUGCAAUAGCCCUCUUUAAGGGAGAUCUGCUUUCCAGGAAAAUGUCUCACUUUUACUGCUGCACUCCAUCCCCAUAG